AUGACUGUUAGGCCUAGUAACAGGGUUCGGAUGGCCGGAAAUUUACCCGAUCCGGCAAAUGAUUCUCCGGAAGAUGAAAUUCUCAACGGUCUCGUCAAGGCUGCUACUCUUCAAUCAGAAACUCGUGAUCAUCGACGGAAAGCGCGGCAGUUUAACAGAAAAUCUUUGCGUCGAACAAGAACCUUGAAACUGGUUGAUGGUCAGCUAGAAACAAACUACUAA